ACUAAAAUGCAACUGCUGAGAGAGACAAUACAAUAAAAAAUCACCAAAAGUCGAAUAUACCCAAUGUAGAACUUAUUUAAACUAUAAAUUUCAAGAUUAUUUCUUUCUUUUUGAAAAUCGAAAACAACUACAGAGAGAAACAAUACAACAAAAAAUCACCAAAAGUCGAAUAUACCAAUGUAGAAUUUAUUUUAAACUAUAAAUUUCAAAAUUAUUUCUUUCUUUUUGAAAAACUUCAUGUUGAAGCCUUUAGCAUAAACUCUUGAGUUCUCGUAAAUCUUUUCGAACUAGAAGCUUUAAUUUGUAAAGUUUUAGCCUCACCAUUUCGACACAGGCAAGUAAAGUUUCGACCCGACCCGCGUUAGGGUCUGAAAAUUCGUAAGGGUGUACAGGAAGAGGGAAAGAAAGAGAUGAGUGAUAUAGUGGGGGGAGCUGAUCUGUCAGGUUCUGUUUCGGUAACAGCAGAAUCAUCAAAAGCCACUGGAUUCGAUGCAAAUCGAAUUGCUGAAGUGAAAGCUUGGCUUACAUCCCAGUUUGAUGCUGCGGGUAAAGAUGUCCCUGAUUUUGAGUACACUCCUCGAAGCAUCAAUGAAUUACACAAAAUUGCCACUCUAUCGCAAGCCAAAACUCAAGCUGCUGUUAUUGUUGCCAAUGAUCACCGUCAAAAAGCAGCUGAGUACAGGUCCCAAGCUGCUAGGAUAAGAGAGAUACUGGAGAGCGUAGGAUUGGCGCAAGAAAGUUUACCAUCUAAUGUGGUUUCAUCAGCACAUGUUCUUGCAAAGGUUGCAAAUUUGUUGGAUGUUAGAGAUACUGAAUUAAGUAGUUUACUUGUUGCAGUGGCAGAUCUUUCUCUACGGAAAACAGCAGUAGAAGAGAAGAGAGCUAAAGUGCAGCAGGAAUCAAAAGUUCUUCUUGAGUACACUCGAAAGGCUAUAGCAAGAUUGACUUAUUUGAAAAGAACCCUUUCACAGCUUGAAGAUGAUAUUGCUCCAUGUGAAGCACAAAUGGAGAACUGGAAAACAAACUUGGCAAUUAUGGAGUCAAAAGAGCGGCAGUACUUGCAAGAGUAUGGUUAUUAUAAGGCUGUACUUAAUCGCGUUGGUUACACCCCAGAGAUUAGUCACGGGGUAUUGGUUGAGAUGGCAGAGCAUAAGAAGGAUUUGGGGAAGAAAACAAAACCAAUUCUUGAUACUCUGAGAAGCUACCAAGACUUGCCUCCUGAUAAAGCUUUGGCUGCAUUGGCCAUCGAGGACAAGAAAAGGCAGUAUGCUGCUGCUGAGAAGUAUCUUGAAGAUGUGUUGCAGUCUGCUCUUGCCUCCUCAGAGUGACGUAGAAUGCUAUUCUUCGAACAUUUCAUUUUGCCUUCACUUCAGCUCAUAGUGCCUCGUCCAUGAAAACCUUGGAAAAUCAAGAUUGGGAUUGAUUUUCUUCCAGACACUUGUGCUAUUUUAUCUUUCAUUGGGGUUGUACUUUCAACAUUGUAAAAACUCUUAAAAAUUAAAAUUGGCUCAUAAUGAUUUGUGUAAUUUGAACAGUAAAAAGUUGCUGGGUAAAACUUGAUUUCGCUUUCCCUUUCA